ACCUUGUUGGCAUCUUGCUUCUGGCUCUUAUGCAUGCAAAAGUUUGCUAAAUGAGCAAACGGCCACAGCGAACUUGGUUUAUACUUUUUGGGUGGCCUAGAAGUUGCCCGUCUGCGAGACAAUGUCAAUUCUGCAGUCCAGGUUAUCUUCCAAUUGAGCAGAGGAUCAACAGCUCUCUGAUAUUUGGCCACUGUGUGCACCACCAAUUAAUGGUGGGUGCAAACUGCAAAGUGAUGAUCCAGGGUCUUCACCAUGGCACCCCUCAAUACUCCCCCUUUUAGCGCCUGUAAUCCACCUAUGGUAGACCUUUUCAGUGAGAGAUGGAAGUGUUGCAGUCCACAAGAUAGAAGGAAAUGGUGCUUCUGGCUGGAUACUGCGGUAAUAUCCCUCCAGUGGAUUUACCAGACCAAGGUGAUUUCUGAAUCUACGCCUGUAAAGGUACCGUGAAUGCGAAAAAGAGAGGGAAGCAAUCACUGAUAGAUUCCUCCAAGUCAAUUUUUGUCCAUAUUUUUGGCAUCAUCACUGGCCAUAAUAGCGAUGCAACGUGUGGAUUUAACUUUUAAUAAAUGGCCCGAUUCCAAAUUGGGCAACUGGUUGGAGAGAGAGAAGCUGCCUUGUUGCUUUCUGAAGUUUUCAACCAACGAGGAUGGAGUUCUGCCAUAAAAACCUUGGAGAAGUAGAAGCGGAAAACGAUAGGUAAACAUGUUCCAGCAGCCACAGUUGACCCACCCUCAAUCAUUCCUCGAAACUAAGUAAAAUAGAUAAAGGAUGCGGGCGCUUGCUCAGUUCUCUCAUAUCAACAUUCCUCUCCCUUUCCUUCCCGUCUCGACUUCCCGAUUGUCAUCAAAACUGUGUCUUCCACAACAAAUUUUCUGCUUGGUUGGGAUCAUGGAGAGCACGGCCUGCACGCUACUCAUUCUCCUUGUUCUUCUCCUUCGGUUGAGGUAUGUUCACAUGGCGGAGAAUCCCUUCCCCUUUUGCUUUGGCGAAACCUACGCACCCAACAGCACCUUCGCUCGCAACCUGCAAAGCGUGCUGGUCUCCCUAGCUGCGAACUCUUCCCUCACCGGCUACUACAACGCCACGACCGGCAAGAGCCCAGAUCAAGUCUAUGGCUGGGUUCAAUGCCGAGGGGACAUCGACGGUGAAGUUUGCCAGAUUUGUGCAGCCGACGCUACCUCACAGAUUGCGAAAUCCUGCUCCAAUAGAAAGGCAGCUCUCAUUUCCUUCCACCUCUGCAUCAUGUACUAUUACGGUAACAAUUUCUCCAUACCCAAUUGGAUCAAGACUUUCGCUAUCCCGAGCGCCGGCGCCAUCCCCAACCCCCAACAAUUCAAGCCGCUGCUGUCGUCUUUCUUUCAGAGGCUCGCCGCUUUGGCCAUCGUCAAUCCUUCGGGCCGGUUCUUCUGGGGCGACAAGUUCAGAUACAAGGAUAACGUGACUAUCUACGGAACAGUGGAGUGCGCUCGGUUCUUGUCACCAGACACCUGCAAAUCGUGUUUACAGGAAGUCAUUGACAAGAUGAUCCAGAAUUACUCGGAUACUCAAGGCGCUGCCGUUUACAACAACGCGGUCUGCUACAUAAGAUAUGAUGCCUUCCCUUUCUUCACUCCUCUGUUACCGACCAUCGCGCUCAGCAGCGCCAAUUACAUCUCCAGCAACUGCUCAGCGGUAGCACCUACCAAUCUAACCGGCACCGCCUACCACAGGAACUUGAAGGCUCUGUUCGUUUCUGUUAUAGAGAAUGGGCCUCUCACUGGCUUCUUCAGCCAGACCGUCGGCCAGAGCCCCGACCAAGUUUACGGGGAAGUGAUGUGCCGAGGGGACAUCCCUGGCGACCUCUGUUGGAAUUGCACGGCGCAGGCUUCGGCCAAGAUCCUUCAGCUCUGCCCCAACAGUAAGACGGCAAUCAUAUGGUUGGAUUACUGCCAGUUGCGCUACUCGGAUGUGAGCUUGCAAGGAGUUGUGGAUGUUAGUGACAAGGCCUGCCAGUCGGACCCUGAGAACGCACCAAGCCCCUCAAAUUUCGACAAGACUUUGAGCGAUCUCAUCAACCAUUUGGCCUCCAACGUGACUCAGGGCUCUUCUGGUGGGCUCAUGUUUGCUACGGGAACCGCUUCUAUUUCCAAAUCACAGAGGAAUUUAUAUGCAUUCGUUCAGUGCAAUAGAGAUAUCUCUGCAGACCAGUGUGGAUGGUGCCUACAGAAUGCUGCCUCCGAUAUUGCAGGAUGCUCCAAGGGGAAGCAAGGUGCUCGCAUCUUCAAGGGGAGCUGCCGCCUGUCUUAUGGGCUACAGAACUUCCUUCUUAGCCAGCCAAUGAUCGUGUUACCCGGGGAGCCAAAUCAUAAGCCUUGGUGGGUAUUUCUGGUCAUCAGUGUGAUAGGUUUAGUGCUCUUAGCAGCAGCUUGCGCAUUGUGCCUGCUUCGGGUCAGAAAGCGACGUCUAGACAAGCAAAACUAUAAUAUUGAAGCUGAUGAUAAUGAUGGAAACGCAACUGAGAAGGACGCAGAUUUUGAUUUACCACAAAUCACCCUAAAGGCGAUACAAGAUGCUACCAACAAUUUUUCGGAGGCAAAUAAGCUGGGAGAAGGUGGAUUUGGUCCUGUAUACAAGGGAAAGCUUCCCGAUGGGCUGGAAGUAGCUGUAAAGAGGUUGGCUACAGCCUCUGGGCAAGGUCUAAGAGAAUUCAGGAAUGAAGUUCAGCUGAUAGCCAAACUUCAACACACAAACUUGGUGAGGCUCAUAGGCUGCUGCUUGGAGAAAGGAGAAAAGCUGCUUGUUUAUGAAUACAUGCCUAAUAAAAGCCUUGAUUACUUCCUUAAAGAUCCAGAACACAGUGUAUUGUUGAAUUGGGAAAGGAGGUUCAAUAUAAUAAUGGGAAUUGCAAGGGGGAUCCUUUAUCUUCAUCAGGAUUCUCGGCUCAACGUCGUCCAUCGGGAUCUCAAAGCUGGGAACGUAUUGUUGGAUGGGCAGAUGAAUCCUAAGAUUUCUGACUUUGGAAUGGCGAGGAUCUUCACUGGAGUGCACGGCCAAGCAACUACCAGCGUCGUUGUUGGGACAUAUGGGUAUAUGGCACCAGAAUAUGCGUUGGAUGGGAUGUUCUCAACCAAGUCCGACGUCUACAGCUUUGGUAUUCUGUUAUUGGAGAUCAUUGGUGGCCAACUGAAUUCAAAAUUUCAACUUUCUCACCCAGACCAGAAUUUGAUUUCACAUGCCUGGAGGUUGUGGAGUGAAGGAAAUGUCUGUGAGUUUGUUGACCCAAUCCUCAGAAGCACAAGCUCAACAAAUGAAAUUGAAAGAUGUAUGCACAUAGGCUUGCUCUGCAUCCAAGAAGAUGCUGCAACCAGGCCAGCCAUGUCAACCGUGGUUCUCAUGCUUGGAAACAAUUCCUUAGCUCUUCCCGUACCUAAAGCACCCGCUUAUUCACAGUUAAUUAGUAGCGCUGCACAAUCAAGCCCAUUGCUUUCUUCCGAUCUUCCGAUUGCUUCUUCUAUGCCAAGGUAAACAUGCCACUAAAGAUUGCCUGGAUGCCACUACAGAGGAGUACUUAUCUCAUUGAAGUCAUUGAGUAUUUCCAUAUGUAAAUUUAGGCCUUUUUCCAUUUGUUGUUCUUAUGUCUUUCAAUAAGUAGAAUGUAUUCUUUUAUCUCCUUCUUAACAA